UGUUUGCAUGAGUAGGUAUACAAGGAACUGACUUUUUUAUUAGCCUGUUCAGUUACUUGUAGCAGUGGCGGAAAUUCACUUUAUUCGUUUGGGGGGGAGCAAAGCCUCCUAAAUUUACGUCAAAACUUUCAAAUUUCCGACGUACCCCCCACUUGCACUCGAAAAGACUGUUUUUAGCCCUCUUUUAGGUCAAAACAAAUUCGUCAAUUUUCCGUGAAGGUGGGGGGGGGGGCGGACGCCCACCCGCCCCACCAAGAUUUCCGCCACUGACUUGUAGGAUCGCGCAUAUACGGCUGUAGUUUCUUAUAUAUCAGUUUCUUAUAAUAACAUUGCAUAAUAUAUUUUUUAGGUUGUGACAGCACCAGUUCUUUUUAUCGGAAAGGUAAGAAAACGACGUGGGACACGCUCGAGCGCAAUCGUGGAUACGUGGUUGCAUUCGUAUCACUUGCAUGGGAGUACUUUUUCUCCUUCGGAUGAUCUCGUUGCACAGCUUAAUAAGUAUAGGUUAUUUUGAGGCAACGAGGGGAUAUGUGAUUUAUUCACCGAGGCGCGCAGCGCCGAGGUGAAUAAACACAUAUCUCCGAGGUGCCUCAAAAUGACGUACUUAUUUUUCACACUGCGAGGUCGCGUUAAUGAGUCAGAAAAGAAAUAAUUCUCAAUGCCAUUUUGCCUUCGUGAUGUUGUUUUUUCUCAUUUUUGUGCUGCAAAGACAUUGCAGGUGAAUAUUAGAGGGGAUUAUUAAUUGCUGGUGAAUAUUAGAGGGGAUUAUUAAACGGAAAUUGAUUAGAGGGGAAUAUUGAAUAUAUUCCCCGACAAGAACAAAGGAAACCGAGCAGGGUGAAAAAUAAGGUUUGUUUGCUUGAUGUAUGGCGACAAAACAUCCGAGAAUGUCAACAAAUGUAGGUUUGCAUUGUUCAAAUUGGGAAAGUGUUCUGAUGACAUGCUACCGCCAACAUGUGGAAGCUUGCUGCAACACAUACGUCGGGCAAACUAUCAAGCAGCUAUUUGGCGCCAGUGUCUUGACACAGAAAUGGAUAUCCCUCCUGGUUGUCAUGGAUGGCGGAUAGUCGACGGAGAGUUGAAGAUCGUGUGGUUGACCCGUCCUCCGGCACGGGACUCGAUACUUGAAUUCAUCCAUUGUGGUUGCAAGACUGGUUGCGAAACUCACCGUUGUUCGUGCAAGAAAGCCAUGAUCCAAUGUACAGAUGUAUGUACUUGUGCUGGGUGUAUGAAUGCAGCGAUUGAUGACGAACAGUCAGACAAAGAAAUGGAAGAAGAGGAAGAGCUCGGUUUGGAUAUGGAUGAUGAUAUUUAAAGUAGCUCUCUACAUUUUAUAGAAAUGUUGAAAAUGCACAAAUUAGAUCAACUCUUUGAAGAGAUGUUAUUUGCUAGAAAUCAAAAAUAACACUUCACUAAAAAAUACGCAUGGUUAACCGAAUUUUUUAUUUCAGGAAACAUUUUCUUGUAGUACGACAAAAUAUUUGACCAAUUUUAAAAACAAAUCUGUUGAGCUAAAUUUAAAGGUGAUCUACAGUCCAUAUGUAAACAAAGCCUUUGUUUACAUUUUUGUGUCCAAAAUAUUGAGCUUUAUUCGACAACUAUUUAUAUUUUCAAGCUUCUAGAGUAUAAUAAAUGAUCAAGAAACAACAAUCAGGCUUUUUAAGAACUCAAAACAUAGUUAAACUGUUUGUAUCAUAAAAAGUGGGCUCAUUUGUGCACAUGCGCAGAUCGGACUGUAGAUCACCUUUAAAAGAAUUAUAAACAUGGUUUUUCGAAAUAAUUUUUUUGGCUCUUCAGAAUUUUAAAACAUAAUAUUUUUAUUUUAAUAUAUUUUUUUAAUAUCUUGAAUCGUCAUUGUUGCCAUAGCAACAGCGAUGACGUCGCUCUUGUGACCAAUUUCAAAUUCUUUGACUGUUGCUUUAUAAAAGUUGCACAACUUUUUACUUCUGUCAAGUAAUAUUCCUUUGAAAAGUUUGAUCUAAUUUUGAUUUCCUCCUAUUUUUAAAUUGAAGGGAGACACCUCAAGUUGUAUUUUAGUUGUAUUAAUAUGUUUAAAUCAGUUCGUGUGAAAUACCAACCGUCAACGUCAAUUUUUGUCCGAUGUUUUCGAGUUUAUUGUGAAUAAACCGCGCUCAAUUGUCCUUGCGCGUGUAGUUCUCCCCCCUGGAAAGAGCCUGAGACUAGUUACUUCAACAUAUUUUACAUGAAGUUCCUUGGAAACAAAAUGGCGGAUUUCGAAUUUCGAGGAGUGCCAAUUGUUGAAAUUCAAAUGCAAAUUUCUAAAAAACUGCAGGUUUCAAGCAGUGCCAACAAGCAGAAAUGUGAAAGGUGAGUAAAAAUUUAUAUAUUCUGAGUUUUUGGCGUAGUCUCCGAAGGUGUCCAACGAAACUGAACGAUAAUCGGCUUGGGAAUACGGACUAUUAUGUUGUGUUUGAACUGAACUUAUGUUGUGUUUGAAUGUUUAGCAUGCAAUUUAUUACAAUUUUCACCUGAUUAAAACUUUUUUUAAAAAGGUGUCCUUAGAAUGCACGAAAUGCUAUUUCAGAGACCCAAAUUUUAAAACCAUCCCUAGCUAACUCGAGCCUACGGUACUCGGCUCACACCUUCGGCGAUCGUAUACUAUCCUGCAUGGGGGAGGACAAGGAGAGAAUGGGCCCUUUAGCAAUUUUGCCCCACCCUGACUGAAGAAUCCUUAAAAAAUGUACUGUUUUGAAGGACUGUUCAAUGCAGUUAUCCGUUUAAAUACCUAAAGUUUUGACGAGCUAGUAUACCGCCCAGAUAACAGACAAAAUUAAGCAUGAAAGUUGCAAUUGUAAUUCACGUUUGCGUAACUGAAGUAGGCCGUACGGUUUUCAAAAAAAUGUAGCGACACAGUUUUCAAAAAAAUGGAAAAUUCACCAUUUAGAUCGGUAUUUUAAUAAAUUGUCAAAAUAAUUGAGUAUACUAAAAGAAAUCAUUUUAUGAAAUAAAAAUUGGGGUAGGCUGUUGCGGUAUUUGAAAAAAAAACGAAAACCGAUAGCGGAAAAAAAAUACCGAUAAGGUAGAUAUAUCGAUAUUUUUUCGCGAUUGUAUUUUGCUUAAUUUUAUGCAAAAUUUGCUUAAUUUUAUGCAAAAUUUUCUGUUUUCAAAUGCUGCCAAACAGCCACGAUAUAACAGCUUUGACUCAUCGGGUGCAUGCGUGAUAUUUUCAAUAAAGUGUGAGGGCAGUGAUCAGCCGGCCUGUGAUGUGUCCGCUUUACGAAUUGAAAAUGCAUAUUACUUAAUAUUAGCAUUGAUUACCGCACCGGAUGAAACAUGUGUGAUAUUUUUGUCCGGGAAAUUGUUUCAAAACAUUUUAUUCAACUGCGAGUUCGAAACAAAGAUCGUCCUAUAUCACCAGAAAACUAACAAUGUCCAAUGAGGUUAGUUCUUGUUUUUCUAAAACAUUUGUAAUCCACCGUUGUUUACGUUCUAAAAGUUCACGAGCGAAAUGACAUAUUACCUAUAACUAAGCGAAAUGACAUAUUACCGUACCUUGCAACGUACGCCAACGUAACGUAUAUACAAACACGUUUUAGAUCGCGCUCUAACCUUAAUUGACGGAUUUUCCCGCGGAGUUAGCACAUUGAUCGUCUUUGUCCUUCUGAAAUAACUUCAAUCAGCGCUUGAAAAAGCUUGAUAUGACGUUUAAAUAUACAAACGUAAACGUGAUAUCGAUAAUACCGAAAAAUAUCGAUAUUCCGAUAUAUUGAAAAUUCCAAUAUCGAGUAAUCGGUAUUUUGAUAAAAAAAGAUAAUUAUCGGUAUAUCGAUAUACCGCAACAGCCUAAAUUUGGAGGUCACCGAUGUCUUUUACAAGUUAAAUUACUGUAAUUAAAUUCAACCACCCACAAGUUCAGCGAAUCUACCAGCAUUUUUGCCAAUGUGGUCAUAGUUAAUAGAGAUGUGGCAUAUAGCUAAAAAGAUUCGUGCAAAAUUUUGGCAGUUCAUGGUAUAGUUCGGUUUUAAAUUUUUUUGCGAUUUACUGACGCACGACGCACGACCCACGACGCACGACGCACGACCCACCCACCCACGCCAAAUAGACAGUCUCUUAAAUAUUAAUAGAUCUUUAGAGGCUUUAGUUCCAUGGUUUAGGUUUCAUUCUACUUAUAGCAAUAGACUCUUGAUAAAGUAUCAACGACCAGUGAGAGUCUAUUAUUUUAGUGUUAGUAAAUAUUAAAUCUGUUUAGUGAACAUUUAAUUUUAUUAACUUCGUCAUUAGGUGUUAGUUCGAGUAGGUUUAUUACAAAAUUGAAUUAAUUACAGCUAAUAAUAUGGUUAUAUAUUUCAGAAGAGUCAAGAGAAGAACGUUCUUUAAUACGGGUAUAUCAUAGGCAGCCCAAUGUUAUGGUUGCCUGCCUGAGCGCGCGGGCGAGGCAUUGUAUAGUUGUAUUAUUUCCUAAUUUUGAUGAACGAGGCACGAUGAAUGAGGGCCCACAAAAAUUGUAGCAAUGAUGAACUCCUUAAUCUUGAAGUAAAUAAUAUUGCCUCUUUCAUGUCAAGGAAUGGAUUCCCCCGAAAACUUCCUAGAAAACUUUUAACAUUGUUCAAACCCUGUUCUCCUAACCCAUAACUCUAAUAAUGCUGUCAUUGACCCCACUACAACCAAGAUCUGGAUUAUUUACCUUUCCUCGGUAAAUAUGGAACUAAACUCACCAAUAACUUCAUUCGAAAAAUAAAUCCUCUACUGAAUUCCCCUUGCAAAUUUAUCGUCAACUGGAAAACUACUGAUACUAAUUGCUUCAUCUCACUUAAAGACCCAACACCAAAAACGUAUCAAAGCUCCGUUGUGUUUGAAUUCAAAUGCCCAGGAUGUAAUGCUAACUAUGUAGGAAAAACUAAUCGCUGCCUAUAUACCCGUAAGAACAUUCUUCUCUUCGGACUCUUCUGAAAUAUAUAUAACCAUAUUAUUAGCUGUAAUGAAUUCAAUUUUGUAAUAAACCUACUCGAACUAACACCUAAUGACGAAGUUAAUAAAAUAAUAACAUUAAAUGUUCACUAACAGAUUUAAUAUUUACUAACACUAAAUUCAAACACUCAUUAAUAAUUCAUAAGCUUAUUGGCAAAUCAUGUCAACCAUAAUAUGUCACGUGCAGUGGCUUUAAACCUGAUAAAACACUCCUAAUUAGUAUUCUUUAUAUAAAGAAUACUAAUAAGGCAGUAUCUAUUGACUAUUGUAGUCGUGUCCUCAUUAGUAUAUUAUAUCUAUUGAAUUUGUAGUCGUGUUUGAAGCCGUUUAAUAAACUCGCAGGUCGUGUUUUAUUAGGUCCUAAAGCCACUUGCGCUGCGCGCUCGUGUCUUUAAACCUAAUAAAACACUCCUGCUCGUACGUUUAUUAAACAGUACAUAAUAGAUAAAUCCAAUCACUGGUCGUUGAUACUUUAUCAAGAGUCUAUUGCUAUGACUAGAAUGAAACCGUCCCUAAACCAUGAAACAAAACCUCUAAAGAUCUAUUAAUAUUUAACUAAUCGUAUCUUGUUAGUUCACUAUAGCCUAUAUACUUGUACAUAUGCAAUAUCAUCAUCAUUCAUUUCCUGAUGAUGACUAAUAAUAGUUUAGUCGAAACGUCGAAAAAAUGCUUUCAAUUUUCGGAGUAUCUAUUGUUUAGUAUUUUACCAAAAUACUCAGUGGUUCCCGUAAUAUUAUUAGUCUCCUAAUUAGUUCCCUAAUAUUAUUAGUCUCGUAAUAUUAUAAGUCUCCUAUCAGGGCAAUGCAGCUUGACUCAGGAGUAUUUGGUAGUGAUGAAUUCAGAUGUUGUAUCGCAUCGGUGGAAGAUUCGGGAAGACGGUAGAAGGUGUACAGAAGAACUGUUUUGUUUCAUUGGCAAGUUCUAUUACAACAAGUUCGAUGUUUUCGUUUUCAAGGUCUCGUCGACGAGUAGCAUGCAAAUUGAGCUUUACCGCAACAAGCACACCCCACCGAUCUUUCUUACUCUGUCGCGACGGAAGAUGGAGUAUCCAGGUAACAGUUCACUACUUCACUACUUCACUACUUCACUACUUAAAGCAGAUUCAUUCAGCCAUGUCUCACAGAUACAGAUAAUAUCAAAAGUAACACUGUAAACUAAAUGUUACAACAAAGUGAUCUGAUGUAUUUUGGAUGCAGAAUCUUCAGUUUUAUGGAACAAAGGCCUUUAAACUUCUCGCAUUUAGGUACAGAGUAUUCCAUCCUUACUUUUACUGAAAACCUUUCUUACCGAACUUAGACGGGUUUCCCUGUUCGGGAUUUGGUUCUGCGUUUCUCGUUGAAGGACGCAGUGGCUCUGGAUUUGUCGCAAUAUCACCAGCAAGAAGAAUAAGAAGAAAAACGCAAGCGGUUUUACGAGAAAUCUGGAGAUUUAUUAUUUCCAUCAAAUGCACCUGCUCUUCUCCGUUAUUCACAACCCCCGCGCGUAUAUCGGAUCCAACUUUACUUUACCUUUAAUCCUGAAUAGUUUUACUUCCAAAUUCGCACAAGUAACGACAGAUAAUUUGCAUUUAAUACGGAGUCGAUUAGCUUGCGCCCUUGCAAAACGGCGUUCACCUCACGAUCUAUUACUUUUUGAUGCGAGUCACUAAAAUAUUCCCACAUCUGGUCCUACCCACAUCGGUUCUACCCACAUCAUUCUCCUGAAAUCAUCGGUGACGUUUCUGCAUUCCUUCCUGAAUGUUUCCCAACAGAUCAUUACGUCGUGGAAAUUGAUGUUCAACUAAAGUUUAAAAGAGCCAAGCCAGUUAAACGCCAAGUUUUUGACUACAGGAACGGUAAAUUUGAUGAGUUGCGCAAUUUCCUCACGAGAAAUCCCAUUAAUAUUACUCCCACCGAUGAUAUUGAUAACUACUGGGAACAAUGGAAGGAAACGUUCUUAACUGCCGUGAAAAAGUACAUUCCAGUUAGAACGUAUUGUUAAGGACACCAACUCUCCCCCUUGGAUUGAUAAAGAAGUCCGGAUUCUUAUCCGCAAGAAAUACCGUGCAUUAAAAAACUACCGAAUGAAUAGAUCUGCAACUCGGAAGCGAAAGCUGCGAUCCCUUACUCAACAAACUAAGCGUCUCAUUAGACGGAAACACCAAGAAUAUCUGGCUAAAACUGAAAGUUCCUUCUCUGUCAAUCCAAAGCUGUUCUGGAGCUACCAUAAAGCUAUCCUACGCCAUCGAGCAAAUUUGCAUCACGAAAUAACGUUUGACGGAGUUACUGCUAAAUCUGCAAAAGAUAAAGCUACACUUUUCAACGCGUACUUCUCUUUCGUAUUUCGUUCACCCCUACCACAGGUUCAAAAUCAGGUAUCUGUGAUCUGCUUCAACCAUUAGAAAUUGAGGAGCUUUCCAAUAUAACACUCAAUGCGGAAGAAGUUGCGCGAAGUUUGUACAAUCUUGACACAUCCAAAGCGUGUGGUCCCGACGGCAUUCCAACUCGUCUUCUGCAAGAAUGCAGCAUCCAAAUUGCACCCAGCAUUUGUGAACUAUUCAAUCAUUCGCUGCACACCGGUAGAAUCCCUUCUGAAUGGAAAUCUGCCAAUGUUACGCCUAUCCACAAGAAAGAUCGUAAAGAAACAGCCGAAAAUUAUAGACCUAUUUCUUUGCUUCCAAUCCUUGAAAAAGUUCUGGAACGUGGCGUGUGUUUCAGACUUUACGAUCAUGUCAAACAUCUCAUCACCAAAUUUCAACAUGGUUUCCUCAGACAACGUUCAUGUGUCACUCAGCUCCUAUCUGUUCUUCAUACUAUCGGACAAUCUCUCGACAAGAACACCCAAACAGACAUCGUUUACCUAGAUUUUGCAAAGGCAUUUGACUCCGUUGACCACAAUAUUCUUCUCCACAAACUUAAACACUAUGGCGUAUCAGGACAGUUGUAUGCAUGGUUCGAAGACUAUCUGAGCGGUCGUUGUCAACGAGUUGUGGUAGGUGGAGUUGCAUAUUCCUGGGCACCUGUAACAUCUGGUGUGCCACAAGGAAGUAUCCUAGGACCUGUUCUGUUUGCGACCUUUACAAACGAUCUUCCAUGUAUGCAGAUGACACCAAAGUGUACAAAUCAAUUAAAUCGGAAGAUGACUGUCAAAUUCUGCAACACGCCUUGACCAGCCUUGAAUGUUGGAGUCAUGAUAACAAUCUAGAUUUCAACCAGUCGAAAUGUAAGCUGCUGACCAUCACACGAAAAAAAAAGAAUCCCCUCGUGUAUGUCUACCACAUGAAUUCGAAGGAACUCUUGCGUGUGGAUAAAGAGAAAGACCUUGGUGUUUGCGUCAGUGCCAACUUCAAUUGGGAUGUUCACAUUCACGGGUAAGACUAACAAGAUGCUCGGGCUGCUUAAACGAACUUGCCCUCUUUUGAGAGACAAAACAGUACGAUGAACGCUGUAUCUCUCGCUUGUUAGAUCUCAGCUAUGUUACGCUAGUGAAGUCUGGUCUCCACACACUGCCAAAUUCAAGUCUAGAGUCGAAAGCGUCCAAAGAAGAGCCACCGCGUGGAUACUACAAUCCAAGCAUGGCGAAAUGA